CUCGUCUGGGUCGUCGCCAUAACGUCAGAUGAGUGAAAGGGGCACGUUUUUUGUUCGUGCCGUUCAUUGUGAAUGUUCGCAGUUCUGGACCUGCUCCACUCGACACCACGUCCGUUUCUUUUCCGAAUAAUUGAAACUAGAACAACGCUCCGACCGAACCAUUACGGGUAGCUGUAGACCUGUGAGUUUCUACUUUACAGCAUCGUUUCCCAGUUGCAGUUGCUGCACACAGAACUACAAAAGAUCAUGCUGACGGUGCGGGAUUUCCCGUCGCUGUCCAGCGGGAUGCCGUGGCGAAUUUACUGCAUCUUGAUGCUCACCUACGCGGUGGUGUUGUGCCUACAAAAAGCGGUUGCUCCGGUAGUCGGUGUUGGCAAUUUGCGUGGGCCGUCUGAGAAGGACGUCUCCGCGGAAACCCCGUCGAUCAACCGUCCCCUCCCCGCAGCGACAAGAACGUACGAAGAGAAGGACGAGCAGGAUGAUAUUCAUCUCAUCUACUUCGAUCUUAAAAUGGAACUCUUGCUGGCGCAGAAGGGCAGCGAUCCAGCGACGUUGCACAAAGAACUGGCGGGGUCUGGUUUCUUCAAUACGCCGCAGGUGCCCCUGAUGGUGUACAUGUUGUUGAACGCGAAGAGCGGCGAGAGUUACGAGCUGCGCCCGGAAAUGACCCUGAUGGCGUACGAGACGGGCCUGCUCCAGGAAUUUCUCCACCGCGACGCGGACCAGAAUGGGCGACUGGACAAGGACGAGUGUCCGUUUCUUGCAUCCACAGCAGGACUACUGUCACGACCGUCAAACCCAGACGGCGAUGAUGUCACCACCUUCGCGGCAACGUGCAGACAACAUCACACGGCCUCGGGGUUCCUGCAAAUCAACAUCGAUCGAGCGGGGGAGACGGAGUUGAGUAGCACUGCCACUGCGGGGACGAGCGGCGGGGGCGGGACGAGUCGUGACACAGUCCUCGAAUCCGGUAAGUUCUACGAGAAGGCGCCAGCGUCUCUUAUGGAGGAGCGAUCAUAUUGGCGGUCGUGGUUGCCGUCGUGCUGUGGUGGCGACACGGCGGCGGCCGCCCGAGACCAAGCUGCCAGAGACCGGGCCCGAGACCUGCGGAGCGAAUUGGGGUUGAGACCUAACGGAGAAAGGAUGACUGACAGCGAAAGGGAGAAGGCGCAGGAAACUGCAGCCGCGGCCGGCAGGCGAUAUGACGGCCGGAGGCAGUCGCCGCGCAUCAGUGACAAGGAGGCAAACAUGUACACAUCUACAGGAUAUAAUUUCGGAGACCAAGACGAACCUGAACCCGAAUCGGAGUCACCGGCAUCAACGUAUGCAGCAGACACAAGGAGGACCGAUGUACUUAAAUGAAAGAACACCGCUGAGGCUGACAGAUUUUUUUUUUUGGAUGCUAACAGGUGGAUGGCUCUGUCAAUCCAUUAAACCACACGCAAAGUGGUUCUGGACGAGUUGACGACUGCAAUUAGUGGCGAACUCCGCCUCCGUUGAGUAUCGGCAUCGCAACAACAUAAAAUUUGAAUUUCGUAAAAUAAUUGCUCAACACCACACUCUCACUCAACACAGGAGCUCCCAUUUUGGUUGAAUGAGCACAAAUCGUAUUGGGAAGAGCACCAGGAGGAGGCUACACUUGCCCAGCGGCUUGCAACCAGAACGGGCCAGCCAACACAAGCUCGACGAAGCAGAGAAAAAAGUAACUAAAAACAAGGUGAUAUCAAACCGGAAUCAGCUUGAACAGAAACAGUUUUUGUUGAUAUCUUCAUGAGUGCUGAAAUUUCGUCGUCAACAUCGAUCAGUAUCUAUGAAAGACAAAAGCUAGUAGACAAAACCUCAGCGUCGCUGAAGCUUUGUCUACCUCUACUGCGGAACAGCCAACCUGCAUAA